GGCCAGGGCGGGUGCGCGGCGGCGGCGGGGUGGCUGGGCCGGCGGCGGCGGCGGUACGAGGCGCGCGCUCGGGGUCCCGGUCGCGAGGAGGAGGAGGAUGUGGCGCGCGGAGGGGAAAUGGCUGCCGAAAACAAGCCGGAAGAUGAUCAUGGGAACAGCAAUAGUAGUCAUGUAAAAAUCUUUUUACCGAAAAAGCUGCUUGAAUGUCUGCCGAAAUGUUCAAGUUUACCCAAAGAGAGGCACCGUUGGAACACUAAUGAGGAAAUUGCAGCUUAUUUGAUAACAUUUGAGAAACACGAAGAAUGGCUCACCACCUCCCCUAAGACAAGGCCGCAGAAUGGCUCCAUGAUCCUCUACAACAGGAAGAAGGUGAAGUACAGGAAGGACGGGUACUGCUGGAAGAAGCGGAAAGACGGGAAGACCACCCGCGAGGACCACAUGAAGCUGAAGGUCCAGGGAGUGGAGUGCUUGUACGGCUGCUAUGUCCAUUCCUCCAUCAUCCCCACCUUCCACCGGAGGUGCUACUGGCUCCUUCAGAACCCCGACAUCGUCCUGGUGCACUAUCUCAACGUCCCGGCCAUCGAGGACUGCGGCAAGCCCUGCGGCCCCAUCCUCUGCUCCAUCAACACCGACAAGAAGGAGUGGGCCAAGUGGACGAAGGAGGAGCUCGUGGGGCAGCUGAAGCCCAUGUUCCACGGCAUCAAGUGGACCUGCAGCAAUGGCAACAGCAGCUCGGGCUUCUCGGUGGAGCAGCUGGUACAGCAGAUCCUCGACAGCCACCAGACCAAGCCGCCGCCUCGGACCCACAACUGCCUGUGCACCGGCAGCCUGGGAGCGGGCAGCAGCGCGCACCACAAGUGCAACAGCGCCAAGCACCGCAUCAUCUCGCCGAAGGCGGAGCCGCGGGCCGGGGGCGGCGGCGGCCACGCGGAGGUGCAGCACAACGACGUGUCGGAGGGCAAGCACGAGCACGGCCACGGCAAGGGCGCCGGCCGCGAGAAGAGGAACGGCAAGGUGGCCAAGCCGGCGCUGCUGCACCAGAGCAGCGCCGAGGUCUCGUCCACCAACCAGGUGGACGUCCCCGACACCACCCAGAGCUCCCCCGUGUCCAUCAGCAGCGGGCUCAACAGCGACCCCGACAUGGUGGACAGCCCCGUGGUCACCGGCGUGUCCGGCAUGGCGGUGGCCUCGGUGAUGGGGAGCCUGUCCCAGAGCGCCACGGUGUUCAUGUCCGAGGUCACCAGCGAGUCCGUGUACACCAUGUCCCCCACCGCUGGCCCCAACCACCACCUCCUCUCGCCCGACGCCUCUCAGGGCCUCGUCCUGGCCAUGAGCUCCGACGGCCACAAGUUCGCCUUCCCCGCCUCGGGCAGCUCGGACAGCCUGUCCAUGCUGCCCGGCAACGUCUCCGAAGAGCUGGUCCUCUCCACCACCCUGGACGGUGGCCGGAAGAUUCCAGAGACCACCAUGAACUUUGACCCCGACUGUUUCCUCAACAACCCAAAGCAGGGCCAGACCUACGGGGGCGGAGGCCUGAAAGCCGAGAUGGUGGGCACCAACGUCCGGCACUCGCCGCCCGCGGAGAGGGGCUUCGGCUUCAGCGCCGUCCUCGCCAAGGAGAUCAAGACCGAGGACACCUCCUUCGAGCAGCAGAUGGCCAAAGACGCGUACUCCUCCUCCGCGGCGGCCGCGGCCUCCAGCUCCCUCACGCUGAGCGCGGGCUCCGGCCUGCUGCCCUCGGGCGGCGGCCUGAGCCCCAGCACCACCCUGGAGCAGAUGGACUUCAGCGCGAUCGACUCCAACAAGGACUACGCGUCCAGCUUCAGCCAGGCGGGCCACAGCCCGCACGUGCACCAGACCCCCUCCCCGAGCUUCUUCCUGCAGGACGCCGGCAAGCCCUUGCCCGUCGAGCAGAAUGCCCACAGCGGCCUGAGCGACUCCGCGGGCAGCUUCGUGAUGCCCACGGUGAAAACGGAGGCCUCGUCGCAGACCAGCUCCUGCAGCGGCCACGUGGAGACGCGGAUAGAGUCCACCUCCUCCCUGCACCUCAUGCAGUUCCAGGCCAACUUCCAGGCCAUGGCGGCGGAGGGGGAGGUCACCAUGGAGACCUCGCAGGUGGCCGAGGGGGGCGAGGGCCUGAUCAAGUCCGGGGAGCUGCAGGCCUGCAGCUCCGAGCACUACCUGCAGCCCGAGACCCCCGGGGUGAUCCGCAGCACGGGCGGCGUCCCCAUCCUCCCCGGAAACGUGGUGCAGGGACUGUACCCCGUGGCCCAGCCGGGCCUGGGCAACCCCUCCAACAUGGAGCUCAGCCUGGACCACUUCGACCUCUCCUUCAGCAACCAGUUCUCCGACCUGAUCAACGACUUCAUCUCUGUGGAGGGCGGCAGCGGCACCAUCUACGGGCACCAGCUGGUGUCGGGGGACGGCACGGCGCUCUCGCAGUCGGAGGACGGGGCCCGCGCCGCCCCCUUCGCGCAGGCGGAGAUGUGCAUCCCCUGCUGCAGCCCCCAGCAGGGGGCCCUGCAGCUCAGCAGCGCCGCCGAGGGGGGCGCCGGCACCAUGGCCUACAUGCACGUCGCUGAGGUGGUCUCCGCCUCCUCGGCCCCCGGCGCGCUGGGGCUGCUGCAGCAGAGCGGACGGGUGUUCAUGGUGACCGACUACUCCCCAGAGUGGUCCUACCCGGAGGGAGGUGUGAAGGUUCUCAUCACGGGCCCCUGGCAGGAAGCCAGCAACAACUACAGCUGCCUGUUCGACCAGAUCUCAGUGCCUGCGUCCCUGAUUCAGCCCGGCGUGCUGCGCUGCUACUGCCCAGCCCAUGACACUGGUCUCGUGACCCUACAAGUUGCCUUCAACAACCAGAUCAUCUCCAACUCGGUGGUGUUUGAGUACAAAGCUCGGGCCCUGCCCACGCUCCCCUCCUCCCAGCAUGACUGGCUGUCCCUGGACGACAACCAGUUCAGGAUGUCCAUCCUGGAGCGCCUGGAGCAGAUGGAGCGGAGGAUGGCGGAGAUGACGGGGUCCCAGCAGCACACACAGGGCAGCGGGGGCGGCGGCGGCGGCAGCGGAGGGGGCGCCGGCAGCGGGAACGGAGCGAGCCAAGCCCAGUGCGCGUCGGGCCCCGGGGCGCUGGGGAGCUGCUUCGAGAGCCGGGUGGUGGUCGUGUGCGAGAAGAUGAUGAGCCGGGCCUGCUGGGCCAAGUCCAAGCACCUGAUCCACUCGAAGACUUUCCGCGGCAUGACCCUGCUGCACCUGGCGGCGGCCCAGGGCUACGCCACCCUCAUCCAGACCCUCAUCAAGUGGCGCACGAAGCACGCAGACAGCAUCGAUCUGGAGCUGGAAGUCGACCCCUUGAACGUGGACCACUUCUCCUGCACCCCUCUGAUGUGGGCGUGCGCCCUGGGGCACCUGGAAGCCGCGGUCGUGCUGUACAAGUGGGACCGCCGCGCCAUCUCCAUCCCCGACUCCCUCGGGAGGCUGCCUUUGGGAAUCGCCCGGUCGAGGGGUCACGUGAAGUUGGCAGAGUGUCUGGAGCACCUGCAGAGGGACGAGCAGGCUCAGCUGGGACAGACCCCCCGAGUCCACUGUCCUCCAAGCGAAGAGCCCAGCACGGACAGCUGGAUGACCCAGUGGCACAGCGAAGCCAUCGCCUCUCCGGAAAUACCCAAAGGAGUCACCGUCAUUGCGAGCACCAAUCCAGAGCUGAGAAGACCUCGGUCUGAACCCUCUAAUUACUACAGCAGUGAGAGCCACAAAGAUUAUCCAGCUCCCAAAAAGCAUAAAUUGAACCCCGAGUACUUCCAGGCGAGGCAGGAGAAGCUGCUGUCCACUGCACUGAGCCUGGAGCAGCCCCAUAGCAGGAAGCAGAGCCCUAGUUCUAAGCAGUCUGCCCCCGAGCCAAUCAGCCCCAGUGAAGGAGUGAGGGGCGGCAGCCGGGAACGGUCCCCUCCCGCUCCGGGCGCUGCCGGACUCCGAGCCUCCGGACCUCAGCCCGUGGUCAAGUGGCGCCCCCAAGGUCUUUACGUUGGUGUGUCUACAGCACAGGUGACGGGAGACCCGAAGGGGACCAGUGUAGGAAAGGAGGCAGCACCUGCACAGGUGCGUCCACGGGAGCCCGUGAGUGUCCUGAUGAUGGCUCACAGGGAGGUGACCGCAGAGCUGGGGCCCUACCGGGACAGUGUGGAGAGCGAGGACUGCUCCCAGCCCAUGGAUGACAUACAGGUGAACAUGAUGACCCUGGCAGAACACAUCAUCGAGGCCACCCCUGACCGGAUCAAGCAGGAGAACUUUGUGCCCAUGGAGCCCUCGGCUCUGGAAAGGACGGAGACCACCACCAUCAGCAGCACGAUGAGCUGGCUGGCCAGUUACCGCGAUGUCGACCACCUGCCAGGUGCCGCGCAGCUCAGAAGUGCGUACAGCGAGCCUCUGACACCCUCUUCCAACACCAGCCUGAGCCCCGGGGGCUCCCCAGGCAGCGAAAUAGCUUUCGAGAGGCCCAGCCUUCCCUCCGCAGCGGACUGGUCGGAGUUCCUGAGCGCGUCCACCAGCGAGAAGGUGGAGAACGAGUUCGCUCAGCUGACCCUGUCCGACCACGAGCAGCGGGAACUCUAUGAGGCCGCCCGGCUGGUGCAGACAGCCUUCCGGAAGUACAAGGGCCGACCCUUGAGAGAACAGCAGGAAGUGGCCGCCGCCGUCAUCCAGCGUUGUUACAGGAAAUACAAGCAGCUGACAUGGAUAGCCUUGAAGUAUGCACUUUAUAAAAAGAUGACCCAGGCCGCCAUCCUCAUCCAGAGCAAGUUCCGGAGCUACUACGAGCAGAAGUUCCAGCAGAGCCGGCGCGCCGCCGUGCUCAUCCAGAAGUACUACCGCAGUUACAGGAAGUGCGGCAAGCGGCGGCAGGCUCGCCGGACGGCGGUCAUCGUCCAGCAGAAGCUCAGGAGCAGUUUGCUAACCAAAAAGCAGGAUCAGGCUGCUCGAAAAAUAAUGAGGUUUCUACGACGCUGUCGUCACAGAGUGAAAGAAUUGAAAAAGGCCAAGGAACUUGAAGACAUACAGCAGCAACCCCUUAGCAAUGUGACAUUGAUUCUCAGACUGUUUUCAUUUCUGUUUUUAGCAGAGACAUGCCAACACACACACAACACAACACACACACACCCAUCCCUCUGCAGUUCGGGGAGAUCCGCUGCAGGAUUUUAACGGGAAUGUUUUGGUCAUUGCAUUUGCACUUUCAUGGACAACUUUUAAUUUGAUCAGCAAGACACCUUGGAACUCAAUCUUCUGUUGGAUCACGGGGAAAACAAGACGCCACGAGGAGUCCGGAGAGGGCUUCCUUUCCUGGGAAGAAAGCUGUUUUCCUUCUCACAUAGGGCUGUACCAAACAUCGUGUGGAACUGUACAAAUAUUUAUACCAAAAAUAUAGCCAAGGAAAGGUGGGGAUGCACUCGCAACCAGAGGAACGCUGUUCCCGCACCUGCCAGUCACGUCCGAGAAGCUGCAUGUCGGGGACUCGUUGUCAGUGGAGGGCUUCGGUCGUACCGGAUCUUGACUGGGUCCGUGUGUUCUCAGUUCCUUCACUGUGUUUAAUUUAUUUUGUUCGUUUAAACCUCUACAGCACACUUAAUGCAACUUUUAAAAAUCUGCAGGUUUUCCCGUCUCGUGGAAAGUCGCGGAGGGGCGGGUGAGUGGCGGGCGGGGGGAGCCGCCGCGUGGGGGAGGACGGGCGACGGCUCCCAGAGUGCCAGUGCGUCUCCUCGCCCCCGCUGCUCCCCGGAACCUGCAAGUAACCAUCGUGUCCCUUUUCUCAUGUUCAGCACUUUAAUUUUUUUGCCUUACUUUCAUGUGCAAUGAGAAUUAUUUAGAGAAUCGGUAAAGCACGUAGCUUUUUAAGCAACCUUGGAAACUCUAGUCAUUCUAAGGAAAUCAUAAACCUUGCCUGGACAUUUGCCACCUAAAAGACCAGUGUGGUGCUGCGUUCUGGCCAGUAAAUUCCAUAUUUUGGCUAUAUCUCAUCUAAACGGAGCAGUGUGUAUAUAUAGAAGGUAGAAUGGAAAGUGAGAAAUAUUGAAAGGGAUUAUAUUAAUUGCUAAAUAUUUUAUUCACAAAAGUCAAUAACAUGGCAAGAUAAAAUUAUUUGUAUAGUUUUGUCUGAAUGAGCAAGAAAAAUGUGGAUGUAUUGUUGUAUAUAUUGUAUAUAGUAAAACCAAAAGAGAUAUGUGCAUGAAAUCAAGAAAAAAGAAACGAACAAAAGCAAAGCAUUAGUGGCUAUGGUCUGUAAAAUGAAAACAAAAAACUUUAUUUCACUAUAAGAGUACUUUAUUUUAAAUGUUCUUUAGAAGAACAUUUUGCUAAAGCAUGACUAAACUGCAAAAAAAAUUUAAAAAAAAGAGCUACUGUAUUUAGACUUAGGAAAAAAGGCAGAGUAGACAAUUACUUAAAAAAAGGAUAUGUUUACAUUUAAUUUUGGCUACCAGGAGUUUAUUUUAUUUUAUUUAAAAUUUUUUUUGCCAAUGGUGCCAAGUAAUGUGAAUGCUAAUAUGGCUUAAGAAAAUUAAGUUACUUUUGCUAAACAGAUAAUCAUAAGAUAAAUCAGUAUACCGGCUUAACACCAUCCACUCGCUCCAACAAAGAACACUUAGAAUGAUCAAAACCUGACAAAAGGAAAUAGUAUGAAAGGCAUAGAAUGUCUCACAUUUCAUAUCUCCUGUUGGAAAUCAGAAAAUGUAAUUAAAAUUGCACAAAAAUAGCUAAAAGCGAAGAAGAUGCAAACUGGUCUUGUAGGAUGCCAUGGUGUAUUACUAUUUCACACAAUGAGGAGCCAAAGAAUCCGAUGCUGUUAAAAAUCAAACUACUAACGUUCAAUUGAGAGAAUCACGCUCGCGUUUGCUGAUGCCAGUUUAAAGCCCCCAGGUUAAGUUUCAGGACCAGUUGGUGUAAAGCUGAAGUUAUAGUUUUUUUUUUUCUUGGUUCUGGCUGCCAACUGUAAGUUUAAACUCCAGGCUUGUUGUGAAGCCUGAAAAUAUUCACAAAUAAGCUUUUAAACUGGUGUCUCGAGAAGGAAGGUAGCUACAAAGAGAUCGUGGUAAAAACUGGGGUCAGUGCUCUUGGUGCCUUUUCUAUAAUUGUACUUGUUUUUUAAUUCCUUCCUUUCACUGCCAACCUCAAAUUACUGUACAGUAUACGUCUCACUGCUUGGGGAUCAGCUUCGGACAACAGUGACAGCCCCACAGCGAGGAGCCAUCUGUACAUUCGUAAACCGAGCUGUCUCAGCUUUGUCAUUUCAAUGUGCGGGUUGUGUUUACAGCUGUCGCAGUCCCCCGGACACCUAUGUUUUCCACAAUUUGACCUAUAGGAGGACACUGAGUAACUUUCCGACACAGUUGCAUUCGUCAGCGGAAUAGAACGUGAAAGCCAGCUCUCUCAGAAUAUCCUGUGUUAGCACUGAAGUGAGAGAUGUUCAUUCCAUUUAUUACGGUACAAGCAACUAACUGAUCUUUCGACAAGAGUAAUGACCUCAGUGGGUUUUGCGUUAACCCUCGCAUUUAUUUUAUUUUUUUUAAACGUUUCACAUGCUACAUCGUUAGCCGAGUAAGUUAGAAAAUUCCAGAAGAUAAAGACUCACAUAGACUUAGGAGGGUUCUCGUGGAGGGGAUAGGAAGUCGCAGUACGACUGUGAAUCCUAAGUGAGGUACAAACACUUCCACUGAAACGAAGCAUUUCUGACCGCUUUUUCUCGGUUGUGAAUCUUAAUUUUGAAUAUAAGAUGAUAGAUAAGCGCAGCUUUCUUGGAUAAUCUGAAUUCCCAAGUGCCAGGAGUAGGAUUUCAUUAUAAAAAUUAAUAGCUAAUCUUAUUCUGUCUCCUGAAGAUUUAAUUGCUGUUCUUGUUACCCAUUUGAAAUCAGCUGUACUGUGUGAACGAAACAAAGACACCAACGCGAACCCCUCUGGCUGCACGGUCGCUUCUGGCAGUCCCACACAGCAGUUGGCGCCCAACGGGGGGUCCCUGAGACUUGCAUGUAAAAUAGUCUAGAUGUCUUCUUUUUUUGUAAGUUUUAUUUUUGUAAUUGUGCAUGUAAAGCAUCGUUGACUCAAUGGAUCUGUUGAAGAACUCAGCUGCUGGAAACCAUGCAAAAUGUUUUGAAUUGCCCUUAAAAUAUGGAAAAUGUUUUCUGAAUGCUUUAUAUUCUUUCUGCUGUAAUUAAAAAUGAAGAAAAUUUCCCCA